GGACAAAAUCACCCCCAGCUGAGAACAACUGCUUUAACUCGUUUGUCUGUGUUCUGGGCUCAGUACUUGCUGUGAUUGAUGAAAUAGGGGAGAGGAUUCAUAUCCACACAGAAUACAAACAGAUGAACCUAAAUCACCUUCCAGAAGUGGCCAGGUACAGAUUUGUCAUUUCCCUUGUAUUAACCAGAAAUAACUUGGCCAGUCCUAAGGCAUUGCAACCAAUGGUUUCACCUGGAGGUUUGGCCAAAAGCAGACAGUCGAUGAAUCAAGCUGUCGAAGUAGCGUGGGGUCACCAGCCUGCAUUCUUGAGCUGGGUGGAAGGCAGGCAUUUUAGUGAUCAAGGUGAAAAUGUGGCUGAAAUUAACAGACAAGUUGGUCAGAAACUUGGACUCUCAAAUGGGGAACAGGUAUUUCUCAAGCCAUGUUCCCAUGUGGUGUCUUGUCAACAAGUUGAGGUGGAACCUCUCUCAGCAGACGAUUGGGAAAUACUGGAACUGCAUGCUGCUUCCCUGGAACAGCAUCUUCUAAAUCAAAUUCGAAUAGUUUUUCCAAAAGCCAUUUUUCCUGUUUGGGUUGAUCAACAAACUUACAUAUUUAUCCAAAUUGUUGCACUCAUACCAACUGCCACUUAUGGAAGGUUGGAGACUGACACCAGACUCCUCAUUCAACCAAAGACCCGCCAACCCAAAGAGAGUACAUUUUCAAAAGCAGAUGAUGCCCAUGAACCAUUUCACAAUUAUGGAAGAGAUCAUAAAGGAUUGACAAAAGAACUCCAAACCAAGCAAUUUCAGUCAAAUACUACAGAUCCAGAGUACACAGUGGACUCACCAUCAGUCCCAAGCUUAUGGUCUAUGAUAGGAAGCAUCUUUUCUUUUGGGUCUGAGAAGAAACAAGAGACCUACUGGGGUGUAACUGAAAUCAAUGCAUUCAAAAAUAUGCAGUCACAUGUUCCUCUAGGAAAUAUUUUCAGAGUGUGCAAAUCUCAGCCUCCCAGUAUAUGCAACGCAUCAGCAACGUCUAUGUUUUACAAACACUCUGCCAUUCAUAUAUUUCCAUGGGACCAAGAAUAUUUUGAUACAGAGCCCAGCUUUACUGUGACCUAUGGAAACCUAGUUCACCUGCUUUCUCCAAAGCAACAGCAAAGUAAAACAAAGCAAAAUGCCCUGUCACCUGAAAUAGAAAAGCAGGUGUCAGAACCGUUAAAUCAAAGACAAGUUAACCCAGACCAUAGUGAAGAAGCGGGUAAGACCUGUGUGCUAAAGGUAGUCUGGAAUGGACUUGAGGAAUUAAAUAAUGCCAUAAAAUACACCAAAAAUGUAGAAGCUCUUCAUCUUGGGAAAGUCUGGAUUCCAGAUGACCUGAGAAAGAGACUAAAUAUAGAAAUGCAUGCAGUAGUCAGGAUAACUCCAGUGGAAAUGAUCCCUAAAAUCCCAAGAUCUCUAAAAUUACAACCUAGAGAAAACUUACCUAAAGACAUAAGUGAAGAAGACAUAAAAACUGUGUUCUCUUCAUGGCUACAGCAGUCGACUACAACCACACUUCCUUUGGUAAUAUCAGAGGAAGAAUAUAUUAAGCUGGAAACGAAAGACGGGUUGAAGGAGUUUUCUCUAAAUACAGUUCAUUCUGGGGAAAAAGAAAGAAAAAAUAAUAUUUUUCUGUUGAGUACCAAUCUGCUGCAGAAGAUCACAUUACAAGUCCUUCUAGAUCCUAUGCUAAAAGAAGAAAACAGUGAGGAAAUUGACUUUAUUCUUCCUUUUUUAAAGCUGAACUGCCUGGGAGGAGUGAAUUCCUUAGGCAUAUCCUCCGUGGAGCACAUCACUCAUAGUCUCCUGGGACGCCCUUUGUCUCGGCAGCUAAUGUCUCUUGUGUCUGGACUUAGAAAUGGAGCUGUUUUACUCACAGGAGGAAAGGGGAGUGGAAAAUCAACUCUAGCCAAAGCGAUCUGUAAGGAAGCAUUUGACACAUUGGAUGCUCAUGUGGAGAUGGUUGACUGUAAGGUUUUACGAGGAAAAAGGCUUGAAAGCAUUCAAAAGACUCUAGAGGCGGCUUUCUCAGAGGCGGCCUGGAGGCAGCCUUCCGUUGUUCUGCUGGAUGACCUGGAUCUCAUUGUCGGCCUGCCUGCUGCACCGGAGCAGGAGCGAGGUCCUGAGAUGGUGCAGAGCCAGCGGCUGGCGCAUGCUUUGAACAAUAUUUUGAAAGAGUUUAUUUCCAUGGGAAGUUUGGUUGCACUGAUUGCCACAAGCCAGUCUCAACAUUCCCUGCAUCCUACACUUGUUUCUCCUCAAGGAAUUCACAUAUUUCAGUGUGUCCAGCAUAUUCAACCUCCUGACCAGGAACAAAGAUGUGAAAUUCUGCAUAAUGUAAUAAAAAAUAAACUAGCCUGUGAUAUAAACAAGUUCACUGACCUUGACCUGCAUCGUAUAGCUAAAGAAACUGAAGGGUUUGUGGCCAGAGAUUUUACAGUGCUUGUGGAUCGAGCUAUACAUUCUCAUCUCUCUCAUCAGAGUGUAUCCACCAGGGAAGAAUUGCUUUUAACAACACUGGACUUCCGAAAGGCUCUCCGAGGAUUUAUUCCUGCAUCUCUGCGAAACGUCAACCUGCAUAAACCUCAGGACGUGGGCUGGGAUAAGAUUGGUGGAUUACAUGAAGUUCGGCAGAUCCUUAUGGAUACUAUUCAGUUACCAGCAAAGUACCCAGAAUUAUUUGCAAACUUGCCCAUACGACAGAGAACAGGAGUACUGUUGUAUGGCCCUCCAGGGACGGGAAAAACCUUACUAGCUGGGGUAAUUGCACGAGAGAGUGGAAUGAAUUUUAUUAGUGUCAAGGGUCCAGAGUUACUCAGCAAAUAUAUUGGAGCAAGUGAGCAAGCUGUUCGGGAUAUUUUUACUAGAGCUCAGGCUGCAAAACCCUGCAUCCUUUUCUUCGAUGAAUUUGAAUCCAUUGCUCCUCGGCGAGGCCAUGAUAAUACAGGAGUCACAGACCGCGUGGUUAAUCAGUUGCUAACUCAGCUGGAUGGAGUAGAAGGCUUACAGGGUGUUUAUGUGUUGGCUGCUACUAGUCGCCCUGACUUGAUUGACCCUGCCCUGCUUAGGCCUGGCCGACUAGAUAAAUGUGUCUACUGUCCUCCUCCUGACCAGGUGUCACGUCUUGAAAUUUUACACGUCCUCAGCAGCACCCUGCCUCUGGCGGAUGAUGUGGACCUGCAGCACAUGGCCUCCGUGACCGACUCCUUCACGGGAGCCGAUCUGAAGGCGUUACUGUACAACGCCCAGCUGGAGGCCUUGCAUGGGAGGCUGCCGUCCUGGGGGCUUCCAGAUGGAAGUUCCAGUUCCGACAGUGACCUAAGUCUGUCUUCAAUGGUUUUUCUUAACCACAGCAGUGGCUCUGACGAUUCAGCUGGGGAUGGAGAGUGUGGCUUAGAGCAGUCUCUUGUUUCUCUAGAGAUGUCUGAGAUGCUUCCAGAUGAGUCAAAACUCAAUAUGUACCGGCUCUACUUUGGGAGCUCUUACGAAUCGGAGCUUGGGAAUGGAACCUCUUCUGAUUUGAGCUCACUGUGCCUGUCUGCACCAAGCUCCAUGACUCAGGAUGCUCCUGGGAAGGACCAGUUGUUUUCACGGCCCCCAAUGUUCAGGACAGCUUCACAAGACGGCUACCAAGAACUUACCCAGGAACAGAGAGACCAGCUGAGAGCAGACAUCAGUGUGAUCAAGAGCAGAUACCGGAGCCAAAGUGGAGAGGAUGACUCCCUUCACCAACCAGGACCAAUCAAAACCAGCCUGGCCAUCAGUCAGUCGCACUUACUGACCGCUCUCAGCCACACGAGGCCAUCCCUCACUGAAGAUGACUGGAAGAGCUUUACUGAGCUGUAUGAAAACUUUCAACAUCCAAAGAAGAGGAAAAAUCAAAGUGGAAUAAUGUUUCGACCUGGGCAGAAAGUAACCCUGGCAUAAAAUAAACUUUUUUUGUGUAUGACUUG